CCUCUCCUCCUGUGCGCGCUCACCGCCGCACAGUGUCCACCCAUAAGAGCGCAGCGCAACACGGUCAGUACGGGCUGCACUCCACUAGUUUAUUAGGCUAGCGAUCGAGGGAGCAGGCAGGCAGGCAGUGUGCAGGAGGAGCUGAGCCAUGGCGAGCAUGGAGGAGUCACCGACGAGCUCGUGCGUGUCGUCGGACACGGAGGAGGAGUCCGCGGCCGUGACGAAGCCGAUGGUGGUGGUGGGGUGCCCGCAGUGCCUCAUGUACGUGAUGCUGUCGGGCGCGGCGGAGGAGCCGCCCAGGUGCCCCCGGUGCAAGAGCCCCGUUCUGCUGCACUUCCUCCACGGCGCCGUCGCCGGCGCCGGCGCCGGCGCCAACAGGCAGCAGCCCAGCAAGAGCUAGCCAGCCAGCCAAGAUGCCUGUUCGGUCGCUGCUUGCUGAUAUCUUCAGCAUGUUCUUCUAACUCGUGUAUUCUGCCGUGCUCUGUAUUCUUUUUUCCAUUUUUGUCGGCGAUAAUCUCCAUGCGAGUAGUAGUAGCUCUCAAGAAGACAAGAGCACAAUCUUUUACAGCAUGGUGCAAUUGGUUCAGUUUUUACUCUCGCUUUAGCAGUGGCUGUCCUUGUCCAACAACCUUUAGAUGUAUGCACGUGUUCUGAGCCGUGAAGGUCGAUGUCUGUUUUAA